CGCCUCGCUUGGGGGAGCGGCGCCGGGGCGGUGGUCCUGCGGCCGCUAUGAGCUGCACCAUCGAGAAGAUCCUGACUGACGCUAAGACGCUGCUGGAGAGGCUGCGCGAGCACGAUGCGGCCGCCGAGUCGCUGGUGGAUCAGUCGGCGGCGCUGCACCGGCGGGUGGCCGCUAUGCGGGAGGCGGGGACGGCGCUUCCCGACCAGUAUCAAGAGGAUGCAUCCGAUAUAAAGGACAUGUCCAAAUACAAACCUCACAUUCUGCUGUCCCAAGAGAAUACACAGAUUAGAGACUUGCAGCAGGAAAACAGAGAGCUGUGGGUUUCCUUGGAAGAACACCAGGAUGCUUUGGAACUCAUCAUGAGCAAAUACCGGAAGCAGAUGUUACAAUUAAUGGUUGCUAAAAAAGCAGUGGAUGCUGAACCAGUCCUGAAAGCUCACCAGACUCACUCUGCAGAAAUUGAGAGUCAGAUUGACAGAAUCUGUGAAAUGGGAGAAGUAAUGAGGAAAGCAGUUCAGGUGGAUGAUGACCAGUUUUGUAAGAUUCAGGAAAAACUAGCCCAAUUAGAGCUUGAAAAUAAGGAACUUCGAGAAUUAUUGUCCAUCAGCAGUGAGUCGCUUCAGGUCAGAAAGGAAAACUCAAUGGACACUGCUUCCCAAGCCAUCAAAUAACUUCAGCUUCUGAAUGACAGCUGGAGAUUCUUUAUCAAGGAAGGAAGUUACUAUCUUUCUAUUUGAGUAUUGUCCUUUCACUGUCUUGCCUCAGACUUGAUUUAAUAUUGAUUAAAGGAAUCAGAUGGCAGUUUAGAAUUGGCAGCAAAAUGGGCUAUCCACAAAAUAGUUUUGGGGUGUGUUGAAUUUCACCAUUCCUUUCUCUAAGAGACUACUUUUAAUUUUCAUUUCUGGGACCUCGAUUUAUAUAAACUGUGUAUUCGGUUCAUUUUUGUUUUUUCACAUCUCUGAAACUUUGAGCACUGUAUCAUAAGCCAGUGAUUUUAUUUUAUAUAAGAUUGUAAAUUGCAAUUAUGAAAAAAUUUAAAAAGAGAUUAGCUUUUUAAAUCUAUUUAGCAUAAACCUGGAUUAUUUUCCAUUUGAGAACCAUACAAUUCUGCAGAACUACAUCGGCAAAUUCUCUUAUUUGUAAUGUCAUUCACCUUCUAUGAAGUUUUAAGUCUCUCUGGUGCUAAGAGUUGGUUUGGCAAUUCAUGGCCGUGUCUCUUUACUCUUAAUUUGAGAGAACGUGUUGCUAGUCUCCAGGAAACAUACUUGAAAAUAAGUCAACUGUUUUUUUCCAUUGGUAGUAUAGUCAUUGUAUGUUCAAAGAAUGCUGAAAACUUUGUCCUGUGUAUGUGGACACACACGUACACUUAGCUCAAAUGCUAAACAUAGCUUUUAGUUACUCCGUUAGAUAUUGGUAAUCAAUUUUUAAAUUUUUUCUGCUAGGAAAUCUUCAACUUGGGUAGUUUACCUAGUGUGAAGAGCAUAUAAUAGGUUUAUUCACAUCACAGUUCUUAGGUACUACACUCUACUAUUUCAUUUAUAUAUAACUUCUAUUUUAUAGUUAAGAACCAUCAUUUACUUUGAUAUCUUUCAUUACUAGUACCUGUAGUUGGCUUUCUUUUUAGAUCCAUUUUUCACAAGGAAGCAAAGUUUUAUCACCUAAUAAGAGUUAUUACAUUCAUAGUGCUAUAUAGACAAGCAGUUUUGAGAUUCAAAUGCUGAGUAGUCAACUAGGAUCAUUCAUCAACUCAUUCCCCCAUCUCAGUUUACUCACAUAACUUCAUGUUAUACUAUUAAUUUAGGUUUACCCCCAAAUAACUGAACUAAUAAAUGCUAAACCUGUCAGUAUUUUCUGGUAAUAUUAAGCAUCAUAAUGCAUGGGAAAGGCACAGUAUUAAAGAAUGUUUUGUUAGUGGUUGGUGUGAUGUAAAAUUUCUUUUGUACUGCCAUAAAAAAUUAAUUCCCAUUAAAACAACAAAAUCUCUCCAAGAUGUCCUAAAAGCAUCUAAUCCCAGUAAUACUAAUUGACUUGGCCUACAGUGGUAGGUUUUAAUGCAUAGGUAUAUGUUCUUUUAGAAUUCAUCAAGUUUCUAUUUAGAGUCCUGCAUAGGACUUGAAAAAUAUUCUACCCCAAGUGUGGCAUUUUUAUUUCACUUCCCAAGAGUAAGGAAUCUUUUAGCCAAGCCAUUUGCCUUGAAGUAUAUGUCCUAAGUGCCACCAUAUGUCCUGCAAUUCCAAUUGAGGAGGUUAGUACCCUAUACUAUUUGUCAGCUGCCAUGGCCAGUUUUCAGUGAACGUGGUAAUCAGAUAGCCCAUUAAAGUAUAACAUGGUGUCUGUCCCUUUAUCUGUCUUAUGUUCUUUUACAUUUUCUUUAGUUCUUUACAUCUCAGAUAUCAGGAUAAAUCUAUAUGUUAACUUUUCCCCCUGACAAAUCAAAAGCUCUCAUCACUCUACAUGAUAUAAUUUCUGGCUGGUGUUAAUGCUUUGAAGAUAAUGUGUACUUAAAAAAGUGAAAAUGUUUUUUCAUUUUGAGUGAUUAAUGGUUUUUUUUGCAGUGGAUGGAGGGACUUAACUGGUUUGUGAACUCUUAGUACAAACUUUUCUAAUAAAAACCUAAUUUAGAUAAUGUCAGCUAAUUUUAGUCAGUAAUGAGUCUAAUUAUUAGGAAAUGCAAAGGUUUAUUUUUCACAUGGAUACUGACCUGUUAAGUAGACAGGGUUUUCAUAAAUGUUUUAUAAUUAGUGCAAUGUAGUCAGCAGUAUAACUCUACAAAUAGUUGUUUCUGAAAUGGUUUUAAAGAUUUCCUCAUGAUUAAAACUCAUGAUUACAAAUCA